UUUUAGUUCGCUCAUCAUGCACUCUUUACUGCGGCGCAGUUAACUCAACAUGGACGGUUCGGCGCGAGAAACUGUCCGCAGAAAACCGUGAUUUUCGUAGGAUUGUCGGCUUUGUAUCUUCACCCAGGCGACGCAGCACGGGAUUUGGAGAUAAGUGGAACCGACGGGAAGACAAGCCGUGUCUUGGCACGGUUGAUCGAGACUGCAGUAAUCAGCCCUGUCUCGUGAGGAUCCUGGCUGUCGGUGGUCAUCAUGGGGGAUUGCGGAGGGUUCUAUGAUCAGGAAGUACCCUACAUGGACCCACAGACUGUUCCCGAUGUAGAUGAAUCUUCAUCCAGUGGUUACUGUGAUGAUUAUAGUUGUGGAUAUCGUACAGAACGCCACGACAAACAGACCAGUAACUGUUGCUUGGACAAAGACUGCUUGGAGAAAGACUCUGAGGAACUGUUUCAAGAUCUGGAUCAGCUUCAAGAUGAGUGGCUUGAUGGUCUCUGUGAUUUGGACACUGAAGCAGAGCAGUUUGUACCCGACUUCCAGAAUGAUAAUCUUCCUCUCAACGUGAAGAUCAAGGCAGAGCCCAAGAGUCCGAGUUGUCACAAGCCAUGCGCUCAUAUGAAGUUCCCCUCCUCAUCCUCCUCCAUGUCCACGACACCUCACUUCGACUUCAGCAACAGCCACAAGUUCGAGUUUGGCGAGCAGCUGGUGAUUGACGUGCCCCCGAUGAAGCCCAGUGGCCUGUCCAGCCCCCCCACCCCAACCACCAGUGGUACGGGGAGCAGCACGCCCCUGGUCCCCACAACUUCUGAUGAGCGCAGUGACCUGCGGAUCACCACCCCUCUGUCCACUGCAUCCUCUUCUUCCCUGCCCAGCCUGGACUUGAACUUCAACGUGGUCAAGCAGGAGAUGGCACGUUCAUCCCCGCGAUCCUCUUGUGCACUGUCUGCCUGUACUCCCUUCAAGGAACCAGCAUUUCCUUCUGCUAGAGACCUCCAAGCAUAUACCAUGGAGAAGAGAUAUCAUCGUCAGACGUCAGAGCCGUGCUUCCUGUCUUUUCCCAGCGAGCAGCGCUCUCACUUCCAGCGCCAGAACUCAGAGCCCACAUUUGUUCCUUUCAAGCACCAGGGCCACAUUGGUGGUCAGUUCGAGCAUGGCUACGCGGGUUUCCCGAUCAAGCAAGAGCCGCGCGACUUCUAUGAAGCAGAGGUACCCAAUUCCUGUUGCAUGGGGUUCCAGCGUGGGGAAAUGUACAACCACCAAGGAAAUACUGAGGGAUGUAUUCCUGAACAUACAGCUAGACACUUCUUUGAUGAUGCCAGUGUUCCUGAGAAGAUCCCUGAAGGUGACACCAAGCCAGAGGCAUUCCGUGAUGGGCCACCCUACCAGCGCCGUGGCUCCUUGCAGCUCUGGCAGUUUCUGGUCACGCUCCUUGAAGACCCGGCCAACGGGGGCUUCAUUGCCUGGACAGGCCACGGACUGGAAUUCAAGCUGAUUGAACCUGAAGAGGUGGCCCGACGAUGGGGCAUCCAAAAGAACCGACCUGCCAUGAACUACGACAAACUCUCCCGUUCCUUGCGCUACUAUUACGAGAAGGGCAUCAUGCAGAAGGUGGCUGGCGAGCGCUAUGUCUACAAGUUUGUCUGUGACCCCGAGGCGCUCUUUAUGAUGGCGUUCCCGGAGGGCCUGCGUGCUGCUCCGGCCCUCACCACACCUGGCCCCACCCUGCCUCCACCCGCCUCGGACCGCAGUGUGCCAGCCAGCCAGCCUGUCAAAAUCAAGGAGGAACCACCCAUCCACAUGCAGGAACACCAGGACAUGUAUGUGCCAGACAUGGUCCCAGCCUGCCCCCCGCUCCAACACCAUUUGGAGGGCUCUGCCUAUUGAGAUUUGGAGGUUGGAGUUGCGACAACACCCUCCCCCUCAAAAAAAAAGACAUCGUUAGUGUACGCUUGUGUGUCUGUGAUUGCUUCUGCAAGUACCAGCCUAAGUUUGUUUCGUAAGCAGUUUGUAUCUAUAGGGUUUUCUUGGUUGUAAUAUUCUUUGUUUUUUGUGCACUUUCAAGUUUCCCUGUGGGGCAGAAGGAAGGAUGACAUUUGAAACAUGUAAGGUUUUGGGUAGUGAAUGGGACAGGAAUAUGUGAUGCAUUUUGAACACCAAAGCUAAAGAUGAACAAUGUUUUACGUUGGUUUUUGGAUUCUUCAAUGUGAUUAUUGGAUUGACGAAAGCAUUUUAUAAUAGGUCAAAAGAUAUUUUCAGUUGAUUUUAGUGUACACGUCUCUCAUUUGCAUCAACAGUACAACAGUUUUUCUGUCGUUUUUGUUCUUCAGAGAAAGAUUUUUUGGGUUUUUAACUUUUUCAGCCCUGCAAUUUUUAUGGACAAUCUUUGCUGAAAGAUCAGUGUUGAAAGAUCACUUUUUUUCAAUCCUACAAAAAAUAAUACAGGAUAUUUUAUACAUGUUUAUACUUUGAAUUAUACUGUCCGCCAUUUUGUAGCAGAAAACAUGAAUGUGAAAUUUUGGAUAUUUUCUAGGGCAUGGUGGAUAAAGAUACUAAUUUUGACCUUUUAGAAGAGAUACAUACAAGUUGUCAGAAUUUUUUGUUGUUUUGAAGGAAGUGUGAUCAGUGUCAUUCAGAAGAUCAGGGGAUAUUCAGCGUGGUAAAAAAAAAAAGAAACAAACGAAAGACAAACACCUCUUAAAAAGGACUUUGGCUAUGUCUAAAAGUUAAUGGCUAUGGCUGUAGACACCGCUGUUUAGCCACUCCCAACAAAUGUGUUACUUCCACCUUUAGCCAGCUGGCGUGGCCUUUAGAUUGGUCAUUCGUGUUUGAAUCUCUGCCAAUCAGAGCAUUUUGUUCCUCUUAGCAGACUUUGGGACUAACAGAGUGGUUAUUGGUGUUGCUUUUUUCAUUUUUUCAGUUGAUCAUUUGAUCUGAAAGAGUUCAUUGUCAGCAGUUAUUAAAUUGUUUUAUUUACAAGUAAAAGUACUAUAAACAGAGUAUAGCUUAACAUUAUUUCUUACUUCUCUUUGGUUUACAGGAAAAGGACUAGAUUUUUAGUUCAGGAGUAUUGGAAAUGGAGAAUUCAGAUGUCUUUAAAUUUGGAGUUUAAAGGAUUCUAACACUGUAAAAAUUAAAAUUUGAAAAUCGGUUUCCGCGAUUUAGUUUUUUUAUAAGGCAGAAAAGGGAGAUGUUAGAUCUUUAAAAUAGAGAGUACUUGUAGAUUAUCCAGGUGGCAGGUCACCAAGUACUUCUUCACUGGAUGAUUGUGGAAAGGGUGUGGUGGCCCUGGAAUGUGUAUAAAUAAAAUCAAGUUUUUGUACAGAAUCACUUAGAAGUUCUUUUUUAUUCAAAAUGGGUGAUUCGCUUUUGGGUUACUGAUGCAGUCUUCUACAAUUACAUACCUGUAGAUCGGGAAAUAUACAUACUGUAAGAAAAAUAAAAAGGUGUUUUUUCAUGCUCACUGUAAAGUUGAAACCCCCUUCUUUCUUCAAUAUAUUUUUGUCACUGAAAUUUUAAACAAUUACAAAGAAUGUAGACUAUAAAGAGAUAAUUAAACAACUAAUUUUUUUAUUAUGAAGAGAUCAAAAAAUUAUGAAAGGUCAGAAAAUCGGAGAAAAGUAGUUGGCAGGUAUAAGUGUGUUAUUAACUUGUACAAUAUAUUAAAGAUGAUAUUUUGAAGUAUGAUCAACGGUAGUGUUUUACAGUGUGAACAACAAUGGUAUGUGAACCAGUGUUCUUUGGUUGCAACUUUAGUGUGUGCCUAGUGCACCAGCUUCCCAUAUGCUGCAUUGUGUAUGCCUGUAAAUAGGCAGGAAACCAGUUGUGCUAUUGUCACUGUGUAGGACUUUGACUGGCACCCCUGCUUUGUGAAUGAAAAAUAUUGCUUUCUCCUGGAAACUUGACAUUUCAUUGUAUUUUAUGAUGCUGGCUGUGUGUUGUACAUGUUGACCUUCAAAGAGUAAGGCAGACGCUGGUAUUUUACUAUUUUCCACAUUAAAAUAUGAAAUUCCACAAAGCAGUGUAACAUCUUACUUCCUUGUGGCCCUUAGAAAUAAGAAGACACAAAUAGAGUUCUGGUAAGUCCAUUUUGAAAUGAGUCCAAUAAAUGUGGAAUGUCAAAAGCAUAUCAGACUCCUGUCAGCCUUCUUGGUCAUGUUCCAAGGAGCGUCAACAGUUCACAAUAUUGUUUAUUGUAUUACGCACUGUGGUACCAGCAUGUGGACAGGUUAUUUCACCACAAACCCCAUGAACUAUGAUGUGAUAAAAAAUCUAGAUGACUUGACCUGAUGAAACGAGUCUUCGUAAUCGGUCUCACAGCCUGUCCUUUUGCUCCAGAUUUGUGACAUGUUUCCAUUGUAAGUUAAAACUGUAGAAUUAACAUUGGCAAAAACUUAUGUAUUUUGACAGAAUAUUGUAAUUUAUGUCGUGAAUGCUGUCCACAUUUAUCAGUGAAACUGUUUUGUCCAGCUGUGAUGUUGUCACACGAUAAAUUAUACAUGUUUGUAAUCCGUUUGUGAAGUAGUGACAAAUAAUAGCUUAUUAUCCCAAUGCGUAUACAGCAACAAAUCAAUGUUACAUUACCCAUGUUGUCCCAGUGUAUGUGAGAAUUAGGUUUUCUGGAGAGUGAUGUGGAGGUAUUUUAAAUUUCUUGUACCGAAUUUUACAAUAUUUUUCAGAUGCGUCCUUUGAAACCUUCCAUCCAUUUCCUUUUGGUUGUAAUGAUAAAGAACUCCAAACUCUCUUUAAAGUUUUGGUCAAAACAAUUUUUUUUUUUUAAUGUGUGGUGUACCUCUGGCAUUAUUAAACAUUCUGGCAUUUCCAUGUCAGCAAAGAAUGGUUGUUCCUCUUCUUGGGAAAAAAAGUAUUUAUAAAAUACUGGGAAUUUCAAAGUGUUGUACAGAGUCCAACUAAAUAUUUUAGAGUAAAUGUUGACCAUUUGUAAUUUUUUCCAACUUUGAAUCAAAGGAAACUGAAUGUAGAAAGUAAUACUCAUCUUAGUCCUGAAUCCUCCAAUUUGAAUGUGAUGUUGCACAUACCCUGGGGGUGACUAACCCACAAAAGGUUUUGCCUCGUUCUGAUGGAUAGUAGAUUCUACAACCCAGGCCACGUUUAAUUUACUUUUUAAGUGGCUUAUGUUGCAUUAAAUCGAGAGAGUUUGAUUCAGAUUACGUCAUAGUCUUAGAUUUUGGUAGUUGUAGCCUUUAGGAUGGUUCUGACAUGGAGGUUGUUUUGCUACCUCUGUGGUUCUGGUAUGUAGUCAGGGAGUAUUAGACACCUCCAGAACUAUACAUGUAUAUCUAUUAAGCCAGCAUACUGUACACGGAGAAAAAGGCACAGAUUAACAUUUUGGCCCUAAUAAUGAAAUAAUUACAAGUAAGUUGAUAUUUCCACAAUCCUCAAUGUAGCCUUUAAACUACUUUACAAUGUCAUGUGUAUUUCAUUGACCUUGUGGGACCUCCCAUAGCCAUUAUCUGUAUUUUUUUCUCCCCAAGAAACAUUUGUCUUUUACUUCCUACAUGUUGAGAACAAGUUGACAGCAGUGAGCAAGUCCUGUGAUUUCUCAGCUGGUAAACAACUGUGCUUAGGGAAGGUGCAUUGAGCAUUUUACUGGUAAUCCACAAAUGAGCAGUACUCUUGGUGAGUGCACGAAGGACGCUUGAGGAGACAGUGGAGUAUUCCUGCACCACUUGGUUAUUUCAAGAUGGCAGAGAGGUGACCAUUUGCAUAUUGUGGUCGUGUCUGAAUCAUUUGUCCACUGCUCGACAUUAUGCACCAGUCUACAGCUGUGGCUAAAACCACUUCCCAUAGAGUCGUGUGUAAUGCCAUCCUCGGCUAGUGGGAAUUUCAAAGUGUUGUACAGAGUCCAACUAAAUAUUUUAGAGUAAAUGUUGACCAUUUGUAAUUUCUUCCAACUUUGAAUCAAAGGAAACUGAAUGUAGAAAGUAAUACUCAUCUUAGUCCUGAAUCCUCCAAUUUGAAUGUGAUGUUGCACAUACCCUGGGGGUGACUAACCCACAAAAGGUUUUCCUGCACCACUUGGUUAUUUCAAGAUGGCAGAGAGGUGACCAUUUGCAUAUUGUGGUCGUGUCUGAAUCAUUUGUCCACUGCUCGACAUUAUGCACCAGUCUACAGCUGUGGCUAAAACCACUUCCCAUAGAGUCGUGUGUAAUGCCAUCCUCGGCUAGUUCAGACAUGACCAACGAUAUGAGAACAAUUCAAACGUAAUAUUUUUUACACCUGCAAGUAUAUAGAGAGUAAUAACACGCUGGAAUGCAGCCAGUCAGAGCCAUGUGUAGAGAGUUGUGACAAGUGUCAUCAUUGUUAGAAACAAACUGACAGGUGUAUGCACCAGUGCACCCAGACAGGUGGUUUACAAUAGCCGAACGCUAUACUCUAUACAGAAUAAACAGCCCCAUUUUGUCUCCAAAAUCUGAAGCUGGUGCUAUUUUCUCUCCUUAUACAUGUAUACAGCUAGCCUCAGCCUUCUGUGAACUGUAGAUUUAGUGGCUCUACCACUGUAGCACAUGCCAUAUGGGGUCUGUUGGUUUCACAUGGAUUCAUAUCUCAAUCAGUAAUCCGUUAUUGGUUCACUGACACCAGAACCCACCUAAUGGAUGGAGCGAACUUAUGUUGGGAUCACUGAUGGGGAUAGAGCUUUGUGACACCAGGAAUUGUUCUCUGUUUAGGUUGGGGUUAGACAGAUGUUUAUUUUGACUGAGUUGAAAUCCAGCUUGGGUAUAUUGAAGGUUAUGAAAGAUUGAGUUGAUUUUGAUAAUACUUUGUGACCUUCAGGGUGGCUUUGAAUAUUCGGAAUAUCGACAGGACAAAUGAUUCUGAGAAUUCUACAGAUACAUGUACAUAUAGUGAUGCAGAUGUGAAAUACACGUCCCCAGAUGCUAGCUUACCAGUGAACUGCCGUUUGCAACUGCAGAGGGUUAUUUAGUGGAUGGGAAUCCAAUUGAAUUGAUUAGUGAUUAGUGGUUAGUACAAUAACUUCCAAAAAUUCGCCCCAAAAAGUAAUGUUCAACGGAAGAACAUAAUAUGAGAGUAUCUGUAUGGCUGUGCUAACCUUGUUGCUAUAGUGUUCAAGAUUUAUCUCGUCUCCAUCUCAACAUAGCCAUAUUGCAAGUUGUGACCAGUUUCCUCUGUGUUUUGGAUUUAACUAAGCGCUCUUCAGUUUACUCAGAUAUGUUGUUUCAAAUAAAGAUACAUUUUUGUACAUAUUAAAAACAGAAA